AUGGGUCGCAAGAAAGCAGUCGUAGAAGAUCUUCUAGCCGACAUCCUCGACACCGUCAACGCCCAACCAGCACAAUCUCAACCUCAACCAAAGUCAAAGCCCAAAAGACUGAAGAACGCUCAACCCAAGGCAACGGCGAUCCAGCACACCCACUCCUUCUCAAUGCAAGCUUUUGAAAUGUGGAAGGAGUUAGCCGACAAGAUUAGGGAGGUUGCUGGUUUACAGAAGACCAUCAAAAAGGCCGAGGCAAAAAUGAAGACCUUGUUAGAUCAGGCCGACGCGGCCAAGAAGGCUCAGGACGAGGCCGAGAAAAAGAUCGACGCUACAGAGGCCAUUGCCAAGGUCCUUACGGCCGAAAAGAAAGAGGCCGAGGCCAAGAUGGCUGAGGCCCAAAAGGAGCUUCAACAUGCCCUGGCCACAACGGAGGCCGAGAUCAAGGCCACUGAUGAGAAGGACUCCCCCCUCAAGAAUACUGAUGACCUCCCCCUGCCAUUCCCCCCUACUCCAAGUCAAUCUGAAAACGAUUCUGAGUCUGAGGAGGAAACUCUGGUGAGAAAGAACAAGGAAGCUGUUGGGGCCCAGUUCCCUAGUCUGAAUGAGCAAGUCGUGGACUUGUCUCAGGAUGAGGAGGGCGAGGUCUCCAAAGACGCUACUCCUGAGAAGGCAACAUCGGACACGCCUAUUGCCGGCAAGAGCCUCGACCAAACUCUUCAAGAAAUCGAUGCGGAGCUCACGGCUGAGAGGGCCGCCUAG